AUGCGACUACGCUCAGCAGCCCUUCCAUCGCCCACCUCGUGGCUCCUGCACCCAUCCUCCUCUCGCCUCGCGCCUCGAACCUUUUCCCCCUCGCCGACUCGCCUCUUCACCUCGUCCAGCUCCGCCAACACGGCCAAGAAGGGCGCAGCGUCCCAGGUCUGGAUCCAGCGACAGCGCAACGACCCCUACGUCCGCGCCCGCGCCGCAUCGGGCACCAACCCGUCGACCGAGACCAACACGGCCUUCGUCUCGCGCGCCGCCUUCAAGCUCCUCGAGCUCCACCAGGGCUGGAAGGGCGACCUCAAGCUCCUCCGCCCCGGCAUGGCCAUCGUCGACCUCGGCGCCGCACCCGGCGGCUGGAUCCAGGCCGCCCUCGAGGUCGUCCACCACCGCGGCACCACCCUCGUCGGCGUCGACCUCCUCCCGCUCCAGCGCGCCAUCGGCGAGCGCGACAGCGUCCACUUUGUCCAGGGCGACUUUCUCGACCCGGUCGUCCAGGCGCGAGUGCGCGCCACGGUCCGGCGCGAGAGCAGGCGCGACCAGGUCGACCUCGUCUUGAGCGACAUGAUGGCGGCCAUGUCGGGCAACGCCCUGCGCGACGCGAGCAUCUCGCUCGCUCUGUGCGAGGCCGCACUCGCGUUCGCCGUCGCGACCCUGUCCCCAGCCCAUCCUCGUCGACCCGUGCCCGCCGCCUCGCCCGACUCGCCCCCACCCGCCGCCGCCCCUACCGCCGCCGCCUCGGGCCGCGCCCUGCCCGUCCAGCUCGUCAUCAAGCACUUCACGUCCGAGUUCACCGAGCAGUUCCGCAGGGACCUCGGGCGGCACUUCCACGUCGUGCGCUGGAUCAAGCCGCCGAGCAGUCGCAAGGACAGCAAGGAGGGCUUCUUCGUCUGCGCCGGCUUUCGCGGGCGCCAGGAGGGCGACGUAGAGUCGGCGAGCGUGUCGGGCCACGGCGGCGAGCCGUCGUCGAGCGGCAAGAAGCGGUCGAGCCUCUACUUCUGA